AAGAUGAAUGGUACUGAAGGCAACAACUUUUACAUUCCUAUGUCCAACCGGACAGGGCUUGUAAGGAGCCCGUUUGAGUACACUCAGUACUACUUAGCAGAGCCAUGGAAAUUCAAGGCACUUGCUUUCUACAUGUUUUUGCUAAUUUGCUUUGGGUUUCCCAUCAAUGGUCUGACAUUGGUGGUCACAGCUCAGCACAAAAAACUUCGGCAACCACUCAACUUCAUUUUGGUUAACUUGGCUUUUGCCGGGUUGAUUAUGGUCAUCUUUGGAUUCAGUUGUUCAUUCUACUGUUCCCUUUGUGGCUACUUUGCUUUGGGGCCAAUGGGCUGUGCCAUUGAAGGCUUCUUUGCAACACUUGGAGGUCAGGUCUCCCUGUGGUCACUUGUGGUCCUGGCUGUGGAAAGGUACAUCGUGGUCUGCAAGCCAAUGGGCAGCUUCAAAUUUGGUGCCAAUCAUGCUAUUGCAGGAAUUGCUUUCACAUGGAUCAUGGCACUGAGCUGUGCAGCGCCUCCCCUUGUUGGCUGGUCCAGGUAUAUUCCAGAGGGAAUGCAGACCUCGUGUGGCCCGGAUUACUACACCUUGAACCCUGCAUUCAACAAUGAAUCAUACGUCCUGUACAUGUUCAGCUGUCAUUUCUGCAUUCCUGUGACCACUAUCUUCUUCACUUAUGGAAAUCUUGUUUGCACAGUCAAGGCGGCAGCAGCUUCUCAGCAGGAUUCUGCAUCCACCCAGAAGGCUGAGAAAGAAGUGACCCGAAUGGUCAUCCUAAUGGUUGUGGGUUUCUUGCUGGCUUGGGUUCCCUAUGCUAGCUUUGCUGCUUGGAUCUUCUUCAACAGGGGGGCUGCUUUCUCUGCCCAAGCAAUGGCUGUUCCUGCCUUUUUCUCCAAGAGUUCCGCCUUAUUCAAUCCCAUCAUCUAUGUUCUCCUCAACAAACAGUUCCGUAACUGCAUGCUGACCACUCUGUUCUGUGGUAAGAACCCUCUUGGCGAUGAAGAGUCCUCUACUGUCUCCACCAGCAAAACAGAGGUGUCCUCAGUGUCUCCAGCAUAG